AGUGUGAGCGCGGGCGAGUGUGAGCGCGAGUGUGCGCACGCCGCGGAGAGCCUCUGCCCUCGCCUCGCACCCUGCUCAGGGCAUCUUGAGAGCCUGGAAACGUGAACAGGCUUAAAGUAUGGCAUGUUGCAAAGAUGGUUUCUGCCAAGAAGGUACCCGCGAUCGCUACGUCCUCCCGGGUCAGUUUCGCCCUCCUGCACUUCCUGUGCCUGGCGGCUUGUUUAAACGAAUCCCCAGGACAGAACCAAAAGGAGGAGAAAUUAUGCCCGGAAAAUUUUACCCGCAUCCUGGACAGCUUACUCGAUGGUUAUGACAACAGGCUGCGUCCUGGAUUUGGGGGUCCUGUUACAGAAGUAAAAACUGAUAUAUAUGUCACCAGCUUUGGACCCGUCUCUGACGUUGAAAUGGAAUACACAAUGGAUGUGUUCUUCAGACAGACAUGGAUUGACAAAAGACUAAAAUAUGAUGGCCCCAUUGAAAUUUUGAGAUUGAACAAUAUGAUGGUAACAAAAGUAUGGACCCCUGAUACUUUCUUCAGGAAUGGAAAGAAAUCGGUUUCACAUAAUAUGACAGCUCCAAAUAAGCUUUUUAGAAUUAUGAGAAAUGGCACUAUUUUAUACACAAUGAGACUCACCAUAAGUGCAGAGUGUCCCAUGAGAUUGGUGGAUUUCCCCAUGGAUGGUCAUGCAUGCCCUUUGAAAUUUGGAAGUUAUGCAUAUCCAAAGAGUGAGAUGAUUUAUACCUGGACAAAAGGUCCUGAGAAAUCAGUGGAAGUUCCAAAGGAGUCUUCGAGCUUAGUCCAAUAUGACUUGGUUGGGCAAACUGUAUCAAGUGAAACUAUCAAGUCCAUUACGGGUGAAUAUGUUGUUAUGACAGUUUAUUUCCACCUCAGACGGAAGAUGGGUUACUUUAUGAUUCAAACAUACAUUCCGUGUAUAAUGACAGUGAUUCUUUCUCAAGUUUCGUUCUGGAUAAACAAGGAAUCAGUUCCAGCUAGGACUGUAUUCGGAAUAACCACAGUCCUCACCAUGACCACACUGAGCAUCAGUGCACGGCAUUCUUUGCCCAAAGUGUCCUACGCUACCGCCAUGGAUUGGUUCAUAGCUGUCUGCUUUGCUUUCGUAUUUUCCGCCCUAAUUGAGUUUGCUGCUGUCAAUUAUUUUACCAAUGUUCAAAUGGAAAAAGCCAAAAGGAAGUCAUCAAAAGCCCUCCAGGAAAUACCGGCUGCUCCAGUGCAGAGAGAAAAGCCUCCCGAAGCACCUCUGCAGAACACAAAUGCCAAUCUGAACAUGAGAAAAAGAACAAAUGCCUCGGUUCACUCUGAAUCGGACGCUGGCCACAGAACUGAGGUGGGAAACCAUUCCAGCAAAUCCUCCUCAGUUACUCAAGGAUCUUCUGAAGCCACAUCGCAGUCUUACUUAGCUUCCAGCCCGAACCCAUUCAGCCAUCCCAAUGCAGCUGAAACGAUUUCUGCAGCAAGAGCACCUCUAUCUGCUCCUCCUUCUACUCCUGGCAGAACUGGGUAUGUGUCCCAAAAGGCUUCCACCCACCGUGUGUUUGGAUCAAGACUGGAGCGAAUUAAGACCACCGUUAAUACCACAGGGGCUCCUGGGAAGUUGUCAGCCACCACUCCUCCCCCUGCUCCACCACCACCUGGAUCUGGCACAAGCAAAAUAGACAAAUAUGCCCGCAUUCUCUUUCCAGUAACAUUCGGGGCAUUUAACAUGGUCUACUGGGUUGUUUAUUUAUCUAAGGACACUAUGGAGAAAUCAGAAAGUCUAAUGUAAUUUUGUUGCUAGAAUAGUUUCCUAAAAGAUGAUGAACUUAAUGCAGAAUGCCUUUUUAAAUGUUUUUAAAGAGAAACCAUUGUUCUUUAUUAAAAUAAAAAGUCUAUGUAAUUUUUACACUUAAAAAAUUCAAGCCAGUUAUUGGGAGAGUUAAUUCAUUCCUCAGUGAAGAGAGAGUGAGCCAUCUUUCGUUGCAGAAAAAUGAUUUGAAUAGAAUCAAUUCAGCAUUCAAAUUACAUGAAUUGCAGACCAUCUUGGAAAUUUGGGACAAGAGAAAUAGGGCUAUUAGAGAUACAUGGCACAUACUUAUGCAUUGAAAUUUGAAAACAGACUAUGACAUCUUUUCAUAUACACUAUGAAUAUCAAUCAACCACCCUAAAUUUCCCAGUGGCACUGCCCUUAAUCAGAAUUGUUUAUUGGAUAUCAUAUGAGGUGACCUUUGGAGAUCCUGCUAGUACCUGCAAGAAAAGGACUUUCUUUGUUAAAUGAAACAUUUUGAAAAGGAAAUGGAGCAAAGCAAAUACUGACCAAUGAGUGAAACCUCUGCUGCAUCUAAAACAAAAACAGAGACCAGGGAAGAUGUGUUCCCUGUCUUACGUUGGCCAAACAGGACUUAACCCUUGACUUGAAAAUCUGUGCUUUGAGCCAAAGUUUAACUCAUUGUAUGAAUUCUUUUUUACAGUAGUUUAUUCAGUUAUGUAUUCUUUAACAUAUAGUUAUUCAGAGCCUACUGUGUUCCAGGCACUAUGCUAGACACUGUCUCUCUAGGAAAGCUCUUUCACCUUUACCUACAAUAUUACUUGAAUAGUAGAACAGUCAGUGCAUGCUCACGAACCAUAAAUUAGCAGAAGAUGCUGCAUUCUUUAAUGGAAGAAAUUUAUUUAAAGUCUGAGAGCAAAUUGAAAAUAUUUGUUUCUCCUAUAUUAUAGAGGGUAACACAUUAGAACUGCUUCACUAAUUGACUUCAAAAUAUAAUGAAAAUGUGUACAGGUUGUUCUCUAAAUGAGAAGCACUGUGUACCUAAGAGUAGAAAUCUGGGCACUAUAAGAUCAUAUAAAUUAUUUGUUUCAAAUUUGAUCAGAAUAGUAGGAUAGAAUUUGACCAGAACCAUAGACUCAUCAGAAUUAGGAACUCAACACAAGGCCUUUUAGAUUCUUUUCCCAACAUAGAUCUAUGUGGCUGGUGAAAUGCUAAUCGUCAGGAUAGUUUUUGUGUCAGUAGUUUUGUAUUUCCACUUCUCUGGAAGUUGAAUGUUUUGGGGAAGGGCAGUUUUUGUAUGGUUUCACAACAAAGGUGAGUAUUUUAAAACUAAAAGAGCAGCAAAGGCAUGGAGUAGAGAAUAAAAAUCAUAGCCAAGGGGUAGGAUUCUGCUGACUCUGGUAAUCAAUUUAUCAAUAUUUUCACAUACUAAUUUUUCUUUUUAAUUGUGUAGGCUUAACAACUUAAUUGAAUUUCUUGCAGCUGUCUUAUGACACUAAAUCUAUGUUUAAUUUUUUGUUGUGUUGCUUCCAGAUUUUUCUUCUAUAUUUCUUUCUUCCUGAUCAGGGUUGUGUGAAUGAAUGUGUUCUGGAUGCUUGGGGGAACACUUUGAUAAAAAUGGCUACCUUCCAAACAGAAUCUCUUGUUUUUUAGAAAAGAAAUCAUAUUAAGUAUUUGCCAUUGGUUUUUAAGUUGUUGCAUUGCCUUGGAAUGGUUGUAUAUGAGAACUGUAAAUUGUGAAAAUGCCAAAUAUUAAUUGUGAGUCAAAUCUGAGAAUUCCUCUUUGGUUAUCACUCUAGGUAUAUCCUAGAACCACUAACAAUUUUAAGGCUGAAAGAUGCUUUAAAAAAUCAUCCAAUAGAAGUCCUCACUUAUAAAUUGAUGCCAGUAAUAUGAGGCCAAAUAAAAUUUGUAUAUGUGUAUAUAUUUAAUAAAGAGUACUUGUACAAAAGCUUA